AUGGCAACCGUACCAACAACACUUUUAAUAGAGGAAUACAGUGGUGAGAAAGAUGACAACAAAGUGGGAACUUUGGAUACACUACUCAGCAAUGCAUACUGUCGUUCGCAACGGUUUCUCUCCAAACAAUUGGCUCAGCUGCGUUCAGAACUGACAAUGUCAAUGUUCUCUGAAAUUACACAUCGCUUCCAAUCAGCUCGAGAAGAUGUGCGUGCGCUGUUAAUACAAUGUCUAUUGCCUUGGUUGCAUAAUCUGGAGCUGGUUGCCACAAGUGUGCCACCGGCAACGCCGUUAUCAUACAUUAUGUAUUUCCCCGACUCUGGUACACGUGGGCGUAGAGAAGGCACAGGAUCUACGGAGGCCACUGAAAUGAUUUUAAAUAAUCUUUUUUAUAUCACAGCAAAGUUUUCUGAUUCACAUCCCCGUGAUAUUGAAGAACUCUGGGGCACACUCUGCCAGUUCUGGCCAAACAACCUCAAGGUGAUCCUACGGUACUUGGUUAUAAUGAGUGGCAUGGCGCCCAAUGAACUUUUGCCAUAUGCGAAGCGCGUUGCACUGUAUCUUGCCCGCACCUGUCCCGACCGUCUGCUGGACGAGCUGAUGGUAGAACUACAAACUGUGGAGACACUUAAUUGCUUAAUUGAACGCACCGAGACACCACCAUUUUAUCGCUUAACAAGCAUGCGGAAAGCUUCCAGCCAUUCUGCUGACGGCCAGGCAGUUGGAGGCAUCAACGACUCGCGCAUUCAGGAUUUAAUCGUAGAGAAAGGAACAAUACACACAAAACGUCAUAGUGGGGAAGAUCCCAUUAAGACAGGAACUUGUAAAUCCGACAGCGGUAUACGCGCCUUCACACAAUCCACAAAUAAUCGUCCACCUCGCGGAGCUGAUAAAAUUCGUGCUGCCUCUGGGCCAUCAAUAUUACCCCGACCAGAAGAUAUCUUAAUUAACGAUGCUGAGUUACGACAGGAGGAGAACGUGGAGUUACGUUCAGCUGAUGCACCAUUAGUACCACAUCCGCUACCCAUGCCAGAGUAUGGUGGAUAUUUUGCGCCGCUCACUGAAUUUCUGCCAGACGUCAGCCUGCCAAUUAGCGGUUUUCAUCGCUGCAAUGUUGCCGUAAUGUUAUUAACAGACAUUGUUGUCGAUGGUAUUCCGGGCAUUGAUUGGACAUUGCAUUUACCAUUGAUGUUGCACAUUUUAUUUUUGGGUCUAGACCACACGCGUGUAAUUGUACGGGAGCACUGCAAGCAGCUUUGUAUUAAUUUACUGAUCGUUUUGCCUGAGCAUAAUGACCAUCUGACUGUUGCUCGUAUUUUGUUGAACAGCGAAACAACGAAACUUGACUUGAGGCUGUCGGUGCCGUCCUUGCCCGUGAUAGAUAAUGUAUUUACAGAAUCGCAUCAAGAGUUCGACAGCUACUUGUACAACGUUAGUUCUUGUAAUUUGCCAGUCUCGAACUCAAGUGGGAUGCAUGCGCUGGGUCAUAAUGUCAGCUCUGUCGCGCCGCUGACGGCCGUAACUGUGCAAAAUGCUCAUACAGCAUAUUACACAGUAGCACAACAGCAACAACAAGCGCAACACACAAACCUGCAACAUCCACCGCCACUCACUGCUCAGCUGCAGUCACAAUCGCAACAGCAGCAACAACAGUGCCAAGUGAUUGGCCAACAACAACAGCAGCAGCAGCAAAAUCAACAGUCUGGCCAACAGCAUCAAGUGGUCUUGAAUGUUGGAAAUUUGCAAAUAAAUCCUAAUACAUCAGAAAACUCUGAAGUACCAUUAAUAAUAACGGAUGAAAAUGCACCACCACAACCAGGACCCACCAUUCUAAUCUCACAUGUAAUCAAAAGUUUGUUAAAGUUUCUUGCUCAAGACACGUGCCAACCAUUGUGGAACUACGAGGAUAUCACAGCCAAAGUAUGGAUGGUGAAGUCAGCUGAACAGCUUAGCUGUUUCCUUAAGCACAUGGUGAAAGUGUUUGCAGAUAGUUACCCACAGGCACGCAUUGCUGAGCGCUGGGCACAAACAGCACUGCAAUUGGGACUAUCUUGUUCGUCGCGUCACUAUGCUGGCCGUUGUCUGCAAAUAUUUCGUGCGCUAAAUGUGCCCAUCAAUUCACGUAUGCUCUCCGAUAUAUUAUCUCGCUUGGUGGAGACCGUUGCCGAGCAGGGCGAGGAUAUGCAAGGUUAUGUAACUGAAUUGUUACUAACUUUGGAGGCGGCUGUUGACAGUUUGGACUCCGACUUCCGUCCGCUGGAUGUAAUGAAGGAUAUCUUCAAGAGCACGCCGAAUUUGAACAACAAAGACGGAGGACCGAAUUCCAUUUUGCCAGGCAAGAAGUCACCAUCUGGCGGCAUUGCACCACAAUCACCAAAUUUCUCCGUUCCUAGCCACGCACGCAGCACCAGCUAUUCGGUAACGUACUGCGCUCGGAAAAGCACAAAUUCACCAUGCGACAAACAAGUUGAAUUGCGAAAUCGCGCAUCUGGCAUGUCGGGAAUGUCUGAAAUGGAAAGAAAUGCGGCUAAGUUUGGUGGCUCGGCGCUUUCGCGUUCACGCAGCGCGCAAAGUUUGAAAAUGUUGGGCGAUAGUGCCACACAAGAUGAUAAAAUGACCAUUCUGGCACAAUUAUUUUGGUUGUCUGUCUCACUGUUGGAAAGUGAUUAUGAACAUGAAUUCCUUUUGGCAGUGCGUUUACUGACUCGAGUGCUGCAUCGUUUGCCCCUUGAUCGUCCUGAUGCGCGAGACAAAGUUGAGAAGCUCCAACAACAGCUCAAAUGGGCAGGGUAUCCGGGCGUCCAUGCACUGUUACUAAAGGGUUGCACACACACUUCAACAUACGAGCCCACCAUUACCCUGCUUUCUCAGUUCGCACCGAUGCUCAACUUGCCUGUUUGUGAUCCGACACAGAGCUGUGCAUUCCCAAUGAACGUCAUUUCUUUACUGCCAUAUAUGUUGUUGCACUACGAGGAUGCCAAUGAGAUUUGCAUACGUAGCGCAGAGAAUAUAGCGCAGGUUUCAUCGGAACUUGGUGCCAAAUUAGAAAAUCUCGGCACUGUGAUGACACUCUACAGCCGCAAGACGUUUUGCAAGGAAUCAUUUCAGUGGACAAAAUGCGUGGUGAAAUAUUUGCACGAUACAUACGCGCAUAUGGGCCUGCAUAUGUUGGCCUUCUUGAUUGAGGUAUUGGAGAAGGGCCCACAACAGAUACAGGUGCCUGUGUUGAAUGUGAUACAUUGUAUGUUGCACUAUGUUGAUUUGUCCGCGCCACAAGCACAAACAAUUAAUAGCGAUUUGUUACGCGCCAUCGGCAAAUACUUGGAUACCGCCAAUUGGAAAGAUGCAUUGAAGAUACUGAAAUUAAUUGUCACACGCAGCUCCUCGCUGCAAGUAGUGCCGCCAAGUGAAGGUUGUAGCGCCGGUUUAUCGUUCUCCUUCUAUGGCACAUAUCCGGAUUCGGAUAUGUUCUGUAAAAAGGAACUUGCUGGUCGCACGAUGGAGUUCACAUUCGACGUAUCACAAACGCCUCUCAUAGGGCGACGAAUUCUUUUAAAGACAGAUGAUAAUCCCACCAUAAUAGGCGGUACACACUCUUCGAAUGCCUCAACGAACACCACCGUGACAACAGCCAGUAGUGCAACAGUUUUAAAUAAUACUGGUGGCGGUGUAGCUUGUUCAGUAGGCACACAGCAGCGCAAUGCUAGUAAUAUGGCAGGCGCAGCGGGUAGCAACAAUUAUAAUACAACAUCUACCGGAGCGCACUUGCAGCAUAAUAACAGCGUGGUAGGCACACCGAAUUCACCACGACGCAGCGCAAGCCUCUCACCAGCCGAUUCGGCCUCACUUAGCGGUUGGAAACGGCCGUGGAUGUCUCAAGGCAGGGUGCGCGAGUGCCUUGUGAAUCUGUUGACCACUUGUGGUCAACGUGUAGGACUACCUAAGUCACCAUCGGUGAUUUUCAGCCAAUCAUCCGAUCUAAUGGAGCGUCAAUCGUCCGCUGCUUCCUCUACAGAAGAAACCUCUGGCCCGCAAGGUGAUCUGAGUAGUGGGUCACGGCGGGACGACGGCCAGCCUGACUUUACCGUCUUCAAAGAUUUCGAUUUUCUCGAAUACGAAGACAGCAUUGCCGGCGAAUCGACAGACAACUUCAAUUGGGGCGUAAGACGUCAUCAAUUAUUCGAAGGCGAUGAAGAACGCUUGACUUGUGGCAGUGGCAUUGGCGGUGGUUCAAUCAAGGGUGGCCACUCAUCGGCGCUAGAGGACAGUUUUAGUGAGAAGACGCCAAUUUUGAGCAAGCGACGUCGUCAAACUGCAGAUGAUUCAUCUGAUGAGGAUGGCGAAUCGGAGUCGCCAAUUGAUGAAGAUCAUCGCCAAGCUUUUAUAAAAUCAGCAUACAAUGUGGGCCCGCCCACUUCGCUAAGUUUACGUGAACGUCGUCGUCGCAAUUCUGUUUCACGCAGCGAUACGAGCGGCUCUAGUGCCGGUGACUUGGGCGACAUAACGCCUUGCAAUGCAUCUCCUCAUUUGCCGGGCAUUAUACGUUUCGGCGCACCCAUACGUGACGAAGCCGAGGAGAACUGGCGCAAGCAACUUCAAUCGAUGCUGAUCAAUCAACCCUCGGCGCAUACAUCGGAGUUGCUAAUGCAACUUUAUCGACUUAUAAAGGAGUUGACCUUCAAGACGAUCAGCAUAUCGAAGGAGGCAAAGAAAUACUUUACCGGCAUUGGCUCACAACUUGGCAACCGCAUUUCACUGUUCACAGAUUUGCUCAGUUCGCGUGCGGAUCCACCGCGUGUGUGGUGUAGCGAUACGCAGACCACGACUCCUCGCCUAUUCGAAACAUUGCGUUUCAAUGUGUUGGAAGUGCAGGAGCACUUGGAGACUUUCUUCGACCGAAAGGAUCAAGUACUGGAGUGUCUCGAUGCGGUGAAAACAUCUUGCAAAUUGUCGCUCUUCAAUGAAGCAGACGUGGCGGCGUCUAGUAUGGAGUUGGCGACGAGCACCAACAUUGGUUACAUGACUUUCGAUCCAGCCUCCUCUGAAGUGGUAUUAGAUUUGGGUCGCGCUUUGUAUAAAUUAAUGUUUCAACUUUUGCUACUCAUCGAGUCGAAUCACAAGAUAUCCUCGAAUGUUGUAAAUCAUUUUAGAAUCAACGAAAACAUGCAUGACAUAUCCGAUUUAUACGCAUUGGUGCGCGAUGCUUUGGUACGCAGCGUCAGUGAAGCUGAGCUCGAGUGCUUCGAGGCGGCGUCGACAUCCACCGAAGGCGAACACACACCCACCCCCUCACCAGGUAUACCCAUGACAAGCGAGGAAUUCGAAGUUACGCUACAAGAACUUAUCGAGUCGCAAAAAUGGUCUGUAGCUAUAACGCACGUGCGCCAAUAUAAACGCAUCUCCCAAAUGACUGCAUCCAAUCCCAAUUUGACCAUAUUUAGCUACAGUAAUUUGGAUAACCGUUUGAAGUUCGAUGAAAUGUCCAUCAUACUGAAUGCAUAUGCCCAAAGCAUAAUGAAGGAUCGUACGGAGGCUUUUAUCGUUUCAAAAUCUGAUUCGGAGCUAUUCGAGGUGUACGCAAUACUAUCGGAGAACUUGUACCAUGUAUCCAGUGCACUCACGACCAUGGAAAUCAAUAUGAAAAGCUACUCCGGCAGUUCAGCCGCUGCUGCAGCGGCCCUUGCGGCGGCCAGAGGGGAAAGCAGCGAUGCAGUAACAAAUCUUUGAGAACCUCCUUUUCACAUUGUCAAAAUUUUCCAUUUAGUACUACAUUUUAACAUAAAAUUUCGAACGAAAUUAAUUAAAUAUAUUUAAAUAAGACAACUACUAAAGAGCAAAGAGAUGUGACAUCCCUGAUUGAUAUACAUAUACGAGUAUCAAUCAGACAGAUUUUAAGCGAUAAAAAAGUUUGCACAAGUGAAUACAAGUGGUUUAUUUUAGUUAUUUCUUAUCUAAUAGCAGUAGUUUAGUUGAAGAAAUGUUUUUGUUAGAAAGAGAAAUUAUGUUAUAUUUAUGUGUUAGUAUUUUAUUUUCAUAUAAAUGUGGAAUCCAUUUAAUCCGUUCAGAUAUUAUGUGAUGAGUUUUUUAAAUUUCGCAAUCGAUUCAAGUUUCUAAUUAAAUAUUUUGACUUAAAAACUAAUUGAUUGAAAAUUGUGUGCAAAUACUCCUAAAUAGCAGAUUUUAUUUAUUUUGAUUGCUGUUAUUACGUCGAAUAAAAUCA